AUGCCUGAGACUGAAGCAAAGCCCAACCCAGCAAAGAAGUCUGGCAGGUUGUACUGCAAGGCUGUCUUCACUGGUUACAAGAGAGGACACCGCAACCAGCAUGAAAACACCGCUCUUCUCAAGAUUGAGGGUGUCAUCACCAAAAAGGAGACUGAGUUUUACCUAGGCAAGAGAUGUGCUUAUGUAUACAAGGCAAAGAGACUGACUGCAUGCCCAGGACACGACAAGCCUAGCCGCCUGCGUGUAAUUUGGGGUAAAGUGACCCGCCCCCAUGGUAACAGUGGUGCAGUGAGAGCAAAGUUCAGGAAGAAUCUGCCCAGCAAAGCCAUUGGCAAACGCAUUAGAGUGAUGCUGUACCCAUCCAGAGUAUAA